AUGUUUGAGACAUAAAAUUGUAUUUCUUUGAAAAGAGAACAUCUUAGAGUUUCAAUAAGAAGAUAAAAAAAUGAAGAGAUCUUUUCUAAAAGUCGAAAGAUUAUCUAAUACGAUAAUGCUGAAUUAAUGAAUUAUUUAACUACAAGAAAUAAAGAUGAUGUUAUCUUCAAUCUUGGAGAAUUCAUUUAAAAUAGAAGUCAAAAUAUUUUUGAAUCACAAUAAAUAUUGAAGUGGCUAUUAGAAUAUGAUAAAUUGUAUCAAUCAAAUUAAGCACAAAAAUUAACAUUAUAUUUUUUGCAUCAAGUUUCCCUUAAUAUAGAAGUAAAAUUUUACUUAAAAAUCAGGUAAAAUAUAUAAAAAUAACAGCAUAAUUAUUGAAGUAAUUAUCUUUAUAAGAUGAGGAGGCUAUGAUGUUAGCUACUAAACUCAGUCACAAAUCAACCAUACGUUCAUAAAAUUUGUAAAAAUUAUAUUUAUCAUAGUGUUAAUGAAUUAUAAUGUGAAGAUUUCAUAAUAGAUCUUAUGGGUAGCUAAUUUAAUACACUUGGCCUUAUAUGUAAUAUUUUGGCUGAUGAAUAAUUCAUUCUCUAAAUUUUUACUAACAAUCCUUACAUUUUGGAUUUUUUUAGAGCAAAAUUAUAUGAUUUAAGAUCCUCUUAAUUGGUAAUUGAUCUUAUUUAUGAUAUGGCCUAUUCAGAAAAACUUUGCUCUUUAAUCUCAAACAAAAAUUUGAUUUAAGAUUUAGUAAUGCUAAUCCCUUAAUAAAAAAUAUUAGAAAUUUUAAUACUAAUCCAUUAAAAUUCAUAAAACACUGAUAUAUUAGAAGAAAUAUUUCUUAUUAAUUAUUACAUUGAGCUCUUAGAUUCUUAAUAGUAUUUAGGAGAAGUUUUAGUAUUAAUAAAUUAUUUUUUGGACUCAAAAAUGAAUCAUGUUCUUUUAAAUUAAUUAAUAAAUCGAAAAAAACUUCUUUAAGAACUAUGCUACAAUUAAAAUUCAAAAAUUAAUUAAUUAGCAGCGAAUAUUAUCGAUAAAUACUUAUGA